ACGAAAAUCAAAAGAUAAUACCAAACUAACCCUUAACUUAAAUCUUCAUUUUAUAGAAUUAUAAUUUAUUUCUUCAUAGCCUGGUUCGGUUUGGUGACGGGAUGAACUAACCCAACCAAAUCUUAUUGGGCCUUUCCAUGGUACAAGAAUUCUCAGUGUGUAAGAUAUUGAGUUUGGUCGAGCCAAGCGGAUGGACGGAUCAUAUUUAUUCUGCUGAACCAUAAGAAUAACAUAGAAAUACAAAAUGAUGACGGCUAUGAGGAGAAUCGCGGGAAAAAGCGCUGCUACUAUAUCAACCUCUCCUUCUCUUUUCGUUUCCUACCGUGGCAUAGCUACUAAGCUCUUCGUGGGAGGACUGUCAUUUUACACAACAGAUAAGGGAUUAACGGAAGCCUUUUCUCAAUAUGGUCAAGUAGUUGAAGCUACAAUUGUAAGUGACAGAGUCCUGGACAGAUCAAAAGGUUUUGGUUUUGUUACUUUUGCAUCUGAAGAUGAAGCUCACAACGCUCUAAGUGAAAUGAACGGAAAGACAUUAAAUGGGAGGGUUAUCUACGUGGAUUAUGCAAAGCCUAGAACUGAUUCUCGAAAUGAAGUGCCAAUUGCCAGAGGACCUCCUGAACCAUCUUAAAGAAUGGAAUCCUCUCACAUAUAUCUCAGUUAAAAGUUGGUUUACUGUUCUUUCUAUCGUGCCAGUUAUUCGAAGUGAUCACAAUUUAUUACAACAGACUCCACAGUGGAUUACCAGCUAGUAACAAAACUUUGUUUACAUUAAUUAGAUAAAGAUAGUGGUUUUGGACUUCUAGUGAGUUCUAGUUCCAGGUACUGGUUAAAUGCUUGAAGAAAUAUGGUAAUUUUGCAUACAAGUUAUUCAGUUUUGAACUUGCUGGUUAAGUGAUCUAUAUCAACUAAAAAAAGGAAUGUAAAUAGUAGCAGUUCACAA